UAUUUUCUUCAUGGCAAAGCUAUCGGAGCACGACGACCCUAAUUAGUCCAAAUGGCUAGGACCACAACUACAACCACCUCACGUGCAGCUGACGACGACGAUCUCCACUCCCUCCUUUCCGAGUGCCGACGCGAGCUCAUGGAAGCACAAUCCCUCGAAUCUGAUCUUGACUUUGCCUUCCGCCUACAACUCGAAGAAGCCGUCAACGCCUCCCUCACUCUCCUGCCUUCUUCGUCAAAAUCACCACCGCGAUCCUCACCUUCAGUUAUUAUUAUCCCGGACAAAGACGACACCGUUAAGUCCUCUCUGCCUUCUCUCCAAUCUGAAGAAAUCUCCAAGUUCGAACAAGAACUGAAUGAUCGGAGACAAUCCGAGUUCGAAAUGCGCAGAAUGAGAGAAGAUCUUGACCGUCGAAUGCACGACCAUAAAGUCGCUCGGGAAAUCUUGAGAAUUCCGGACGACGAGUGGCUCGAAUGGGGCGAUAAUUUUGAGAAGCCCUUCGGCGAGGGAAGCUCUAGAAGCAUGGAUAACAACGGCAGCAUUUUCAAAUUGUAUUUCAAGGGUUUAGUGAGUGAAGAGAAGGUGAGCGGCCAGAAAGUAAUUUUGGCUGGGAUUGGUGUAGCAAUCUGUGACCCUAUAGAUAAUUUGGUGUUCGAGGUAAGGAAGCCAUUGAUUGGGAAUGGAAUGAGCAGGCAGGCUGCAGAGGCUAAGGCUUUAAUUGAAGGGCUCAACGCGGCUCUUGCUCUGGAGCUCAAGAAGAUUGUGGUUUAUUGUGAUUAUUAUCCACUUUAUCAAUUUGUUAUUGGAAGAUGGCCCCCAAAGCAGCGCAAGAUUGCUACAUUAGUCAACCAAGUGUCUCUUCUUCAAAGAAAAUUUACAUAUUGCAAUCCCACUCUUGUUGCACGUAAUGAUAUCAAAUUUGCUUUUAAACUUGCAAGAGAUGCAAUAGUUUCUCAGAUCACAAUGCCUGCAGAAUCAAGCCGUGGCAAGACUCUUCAGGAGACUUGUGUCAUCUGUUUAGAAGAUACAGAUGCUGAGCGUAUUUUUUCAGUUGAUAGAUGUGGACAUCGAUACUGCAUUUCUUGUAUGAAACAGCAUGUGGAGGUGAAGUUGCUUCAUGGCAAGGUACCUAAAUGUCCUCAUGACGGCUGCAAUUUGGAGCUUAGUGUUGACAGCUGCAGGAAGUUCUUGACAUCCAAAUUAAUUGAGACAAUGAACCAAAGAAUAAAAGAAGCUUCAAUUCCUGUUACAGAGAAAAUUUAUUGCCCAUAUCCCAAGUGCUCGGCAUUAAUGUCGAAAAAAGAAGUUUCUGAAUAUGCUGAAAAUAUAUUUGCUGGUUCUCAACGUUCAGCUGCACGGAAAUGCGUGAAGUGCCAUGGCCUUUUUUGUAUUAAUUGCAAGGUCCCUUGGCAUAGCAACAUUAGUUGUACCAGUUACAAAAUGUUGAAUCCUAACCAGCCUGCAGAUGAUGUGAAACUGAAGUCUCUUGCUACAAGGAAACUAUGGCGCCAGUGUGUGAAAUGCAAUCAUAUGAUUGAACUUGCUGAAGGCUGUUAUCACAUGACCUGCAGAUGUGGGUUUGAGUUUUGCUAUAAUUGCGGAGCUGAGUGGAAGGAGAAAAAGGCAACAUGUCAUUGCCCACUCUGGGAUGAGGAUAAUAUUUUGUAUGAUGAUGAUGGAGAUUUUGAUGAAGAAGAAGAUUUUGAACUUGACGAUGAUGAUGACGAUGACUAUGACUUUGAGUACAAUGAGUACUAUGAAUCUGAAUCUGAUUCAGAUUAUUACUUCUGAAUAGUAAAUACAUAUUAACAGCAGUCCUUCAUCCUGUCUUUCUUUUCUUUUGUUUUGUUUUGCAACAUUUUUUUGGUCUGUAUAAAUCUUGCAAAUGGCCAAACUGUACAAACUCCUAGCUGGGUUCUUUACACAUAACUUGUUUAUUCUUGAUCGGUUGCUUGCUUGCAAGGUUUUCUUA